CACACUUGGUAUUGUUUAUCUCUGCCUUUCCCCACUGAUAACUCACACAAGUGUGAACUAGCAGAGACGCACAAAGACAGCAGGUCCAGACUGUGAGAAGGAACUGCCUGGCCCCUGGAUCCGGUACUACCAGCUGCUGCUUCCUUGGCGUGACGUGAAAGCUCAGCGUGAGAGCAGCCAAGUCAGGCAGCCAAAAGACGAGAAAGAAGCUCUGGAAGGAUGGAACCACAAGUUCAGAGCACAGAGAAGAUGACAUGUCCUCCUCCGUAGGAUUCCCACGCCCGUCAUCAGCCGAUGCUCCAAACAGGCAUCAGGAUGAUGUUUGGCCUUUGGUUCCAGGGAAAUUGCAGAUGGAAACCUCAUUUCCUCCAGUUGGUCUGGACUUUUCUGCUGGCAGUGGCUCCUCUCACAGCGGUGGGAUAUUUCCUGGGAGAUACCAAAGCAGUACUAAAUGGAUGUCAGGACCAGUGGACCCUGCAGAGCGCCGUGACCAUGCCCAGGCUUUUCCAGAUAACGGUGUGUGUGGACGUUCACGUGGUCGUCCCUGGAGCCUGGGUCGCCUUCCUGUACACCUCGGUCCGCGGUCCCAAUCCUGACUUAGGCCUGGAAGGAGAUGCUACGGCAGUAUACGGAUGGCUACUCCAAGUCCGACACAGAUUUCCUCUGCAGCUAGCUCCAAUGCAGUGGCACAGAGUGUGUCUGAGGCGCGACGCAGAGGGCAACACCUUCAGCCUGGAGGUCAAUGGGCGCAUGGAGGCGGAGAGGACGGUGAUCGCUCAGGCCAUCCCUCCGUCUGGCACCCUGUGGCUGGGCUGCCACCCCAGACUGCAGCCCCCGGGGGUUCCGCAGGGGAAGGUGGAGCUUUACCUGUUUCGCAUGUGGGCGGAUCUGAACAGCCAUGGUUUCUGUGAGGAUGGCACUGUGAUUGGCUGGGACUCCCAAUUCUGGAGUGUGACCAGUUCCAAAGCCAAAGAGAAGGACCCGUACCUGCUGUGUGAAAUAAAACGCUUUCGGCGGGAAGCAGGAAGCCACCAGAGUUCAGGAGCUACAAUUGGUCCAUGGACUGGUCCUGGAAUAUCUCGGGUUUUUUCUCCAGACUGGAAAUCCACACCCAGCACACCCAACCAGUCAUCUACAGCCAGGUUAACCACGCCCCCCAUCACAACUGCAGCCAAUCAGCUUGCCUCGAGCACACACAUCAGUCCAAGCAUGAGUGCAGCUGCCAAACAAAAUGCCGCUGAUGGAUCUGUGAAUUCAGAUCCACCUGUGCUGAAGUGUGACACGCGGCAGCUCUGCUCAAAUGACAGUGCUUAUUUUUGGAUGUCUGUCACUGCGCAGGCCGAAGCACAUGGAAAUCUUCAGGACGUGGUUUGUAAGACCUUUGUUUGUGAUCAAGCCACCAACACACAGCCAACGAACUUCACAGAUUUCUGUCGGGGCGGCGGGAACAUCCAGGUGUUGAACGUGUCCUGCUCAUCUUCAAAUGCUGGCGUCAGAACAACCUGCGGCGUCCUGUUGCUGCUCAAUGGCACUAUGUCAGCAUGCGACCUGCAGCUCAUUGGAGAGUCUGCCCUGCAGCAAUCGGCACGACCGAUGAUGUCAAACAUCACAGUUGAGGUGGAGCGAGUCGGUCAGAAUCUUUGUAAGGGUUUGUCGCCAUCUACAGGCAGAUUUGUGACAUGCAUGUCCACGUCUUCUCUGGAAGACAUCUGUCGCUCCAACGCUCACUCCAGCAUCACAUGCUCCGUCCUGGAGCCGGACUUUCAGCCGCUCUCUAAACCCGGGUCCUCCUCCUGCAGUAAGCCUGCGCCUCGCUUCUGUGACUGCGCUGCUUUCUGCAAAUCUACAAGUCAUUUUUAUGCCAUGAAACUCAACAUUAGCAAAGAAAAUCUCACGGUUGAGACCCUCAAAGAAAUGUUCUUACAGCCUCCUCUGGCCGGUUCGUGUUCAUCUCUGUCACCGUGCCAUAUGAUGCUGAAAUACCAGGCCAUUCGAUUGGAAUGUCAUGGAACAUCGGAAAGGUUACACAGCUGCAUGGUGACUGUGGAGAUGUCUGGACCGGUGGACGAAUGCGCCCUCAAACAGACUGUGCAGACAAUCAUGGACAAACAAAACCUUCAGAUUGAAAUGCCCCUCACUCGCAUGAUGGUGUGCGGUCCUGCUGGUUCGUCUCUGCAAACAUUACUGGAGUCCAACUACACCUGGGUGACCAGUGACCUGCAGUCCUCAGACAUGUGCCAGGCCGACCCCACCCUGCCUCUGUGUGAGGCUGGAGAGACACUGGCUGUUCUCCUGACUGACAUUUGCCCUCCACAGCUACACAAAACACAACCUCCAAGUCAGAGCACCACAUCUCCUGAACCCACACUGAACAACACAACAAACACACAGACCACGACCCUUUCAACACAUCUGACCUCUAAACCAUCAGCAACAUCACAACCAGUCCUGCAAACAAACACAGACAGCAUCCCAACAGCACAUAAAAAUGUAGCUAACACUACUCCUCUGCCCCCCCCACACACACCAACCACAGAUGAAGGCUUAACCAAAACUCCUAAUCAAACAACUGUGUCACAAUCAACAAGAGAACACAAUAAACAGUCACAAACAAUUGCUGAUUCAACUGCUGAUAUCAACACAACAGAUCCAAACGACUUCACAACAGGGGACAAGACCAGCUCUUCCGUAGAAACUGGACCUAUUUUGUCUCAACAUUACACAACACAAAGUACUAUCCCAUCUCUGAAUAACAACUACACAACAGAAAAAAAUGAGAUGACAACAAGCAAGGAUUACACACAACAUAAGAAUGUAACACAAACCAGCAACAAUUCCCAAAUAUUCAGUACAACUAAAACCAGCAACGAGUCAACAGAAGAGCACACUGCAGCUGCUGCCACAAGCAAACACACAACAAUAGGAAAUGCUGCCACGCAAGCUAACAAUGAUUUAGUUCACACCACAGCUACACCCAGCAACAUGAACACAACACCCUACAGUACAACACCCAGCAACACGAACACAACACUCUACAGUACAACACCCAGCAACAUGAACACAACACCCUACAGUGCAAUACCCGGCAACAUGAACACAACACCCUACAGUACAACACCGAGCAACAUGAACACAACACCCUACAGUACAACACCCAGCAACAAGAACACAACACCCUACAGUGCAACACCCGGCAACAUAAACACAACACCCUACAGUACAACACUGAGCAACAUGAACACAACACCCUACAGUACAACACCCAGCAACAAGAACACAACACCCUACAGUACAACACCCGGCAACAUGAACACAACACCCUACAGUACAACACCAAGCAACAUGAACACAACACCCUACAGUGCAACACCCGGCAACAUAAACACAACACCCUACAGUGCAACACCAAGCAACAUGAACACAACACCCUACAGUGCAACACCCGGCAACAUGAACACAACUCCCUACAGUACAACACCGAACAACAAUGAAACAUCAUCAAAAGGUACAACACAAAGCAACAAUGACACAACACUUUACACUAAAACACACGGAAAGAAUAACACAAUUAAUGCAACAACAGCUCUUGAGAGAAGUGCCUCCACAGUCCCUGUUGCAUCAACAACUAGUAUUAUUAAUGGUACUAUUCACCCAACAGUCACAAAAAGUUACACAAUGCCACAAAGUAGCUCAGGAGCAACUGAAACAGCAACUACCACACUCGUCCCCCUGGCCAGUUAUACACAUUCACAACAAUCCACUUCAACAAAAGUACCCUUUAAUCGCACAGGUGUGUACAACAAAACUGAAAGCUACACAACAAAUGGUCCUUUUACCCCUCGCAGUCACACAACACAAAAUGACACCUCCACUACUAAUAUUAGUUACACAGGAGUCCAAUUUCUAACUACAACAAUCAGAAAUUCCUCAACAUUACAUGGAACUACAACCAAAAUGUACAACACAACUAAAAAUUCAUCUGAAAUCACUGAUGAAUACAUAAAACCUAGCAACGCAACGCCACCAAACAACAACUCUCUAUCAGAACCCACAAGCCCACCACCGGAUUACAAAUCGACAACAGAAUAUAAUUAUACAACCCUGAAUAAAACACCUAAUACCAUAACAGCUUACACAACUGCAUACCCUGAAACAACAGCCACACAAAAUCACACAACUGUCCACAAUUUUACAAACCAUAGCAACAAUAGUGCACUAUACAGCAAUUUAGUAACAGCAGAAAAAAUUAGUACACUCGCCCCAACAGCCAGUCACACAGACUCACAACAGAUGGGUGACAAUUACACACAAGAGAACAAUGGAAAAACCAGCAAAUACACAACUGGAGUUUCAACCCCUCCAAACUCGACAAAACACAAUAAUGUAACUAGCUUUAACAGCUACACAACAGUAAACAAUUUAACUAUAAAACAUGACAUUUCCAUCACAACUAGCCAAAUCAGUACAGUGACACACAACACUACCACAUUUAUUAACAAGUACACAACAACUGAAAGUCCUACAUCCAUAAGCAAAAACCUUAACACUGAAAGCAAUACCACUACACCAAGAAACAUUUACACAAAAGGGUACUACACAACAGGAAACAAUGACACAACACCCAGUAACAAUCUUACAACUUAUGUUACAACACUCAGCAGCAACUACACAACAGGGGACAGCACAAUGCUCGACAGUGAUAACACAAUUUUUGAUAGUAAAACAACAGGAAUACAAAAUUACACAACAGCUCACAAUUUCAGCAAUGUCAGCAACGAACGUGCACUAUACACUACACUCACCCCAACACGCAGUUACACAGACUCAGAACACACUACUUUAAUAAGUACCAAUUACACACAAGAGUAUAAUGAAAGUAAAGAAACAAGCAAAUACACAACAGAGUCCAUUACAACACCCAACAGUGAUACUUCAACUUUUAACAAUGACCCAACAGCAACACAAAAUUACACAACAGCUCACAAUUUCAGCAAUGCCGGUAACUCAAGUGUACUAUACAACACUUCAACAACUGAAACAAUAAGUACUACACUCACCCCAACAACAAGUUACACAGACUCAAAACACACUACUUUAUUGAGUACCAAUUACACACAAGAGUAUAAUGAAAGUAGAGAAGCUAGCAAGUACACAACAUCCAACAGCGAUACCACAACUUUUAACAGUGACCCAACAGCAACACAAAAUAACACAACAGCUCACAAUUUCAGCAAUGCCAGUAACAAAAGCGCACUAUACAACAGUUCAACAACUGAAACAAUAAGUUCUACACUCACCCCAACAACCAGUUACACAGACUCACAACACACUACUUUUUUGAGUACCAAUUACACACAAGAGUAUAAUGGAAGUCAAGACACAAGCAGCUACACAACAAUUAAUUCAUUUACAACUGAGAAUGACCCAAAACAAAAUGUUUCAACUCCUUUAAACAGCUACACAACAGUAAAUGUUGCAAUCCAAAGACAAAACCCCACAACAACUUACAAUACAACCACAAACUACAACAAUUUCACAAAACCUGCAAAUCUAACUUUAAUCAGCAAAAAUGUCCCCACUGAUGAUACGACAAGAAACAGUUCGACAACCAAAUAUGACACAACAGGAAAAAGUAACACAACAGUAUAUGCUACAACACCUAGUAAUAACCUUACAACAAGAAAUCAUACACUGGACAGCAGUCCCCUAACACACAGUACAACAAGAGCCAGUAGCAGUUACACAAUAGUAUACAACACAACAACCACCAACAAUCCUCCAACUACAUAUGAGACAACAACACACACACACAGCAGUAACUCCACAGUCAACAACACAACAACAGCAUUUCUUGGCAGCGAUGACACAGCUGACAAUGAGACAAUGGCCAACAGCGGUUACACGACCCCUGCACCUGCUCUUACUUCUGAUUGUCCAAAUAAGACAAUCACUUGCAGUCAAACGGUUGCACCCACCAGUACACCACAGCACUUCACAAAAACAGUCAGCAUCAACACAACUGUGUCCCCAGCUGCUACACAGAAGUUUGAAACCAUGCCUACAAAAGACUCCAAUGUAGACAUUUUGAAGUCCAAUCAUACAACUGAGCCCCCCCAGGUUUCAAUGAGUAAGCAAACCACCGACACAACCACAGUCAACACAAACAUGUACUUCACAAUAAAUGGAGGGAGCAUUCACAAAACCACAAAAACAGGAGUCAACGCACCUCUAACAACUACAAUCACCACCAAUCCAGCCACAGCAAGCACAACCACGGCAAAAGCUGCAAAUGCUGUUACAUCUAAUACACCCAGUAAAGAAGAGGCCCAACUAAAUACUCUGUCAAACAUUACUAAAGAUCCUUCUCAGCUCAACGUCUCUCAGAUCUCUGAUGUGGUGAAGGCCCUGGAUGAAGCCCUGAAGGGCCCUUCUAUCUCCAAAGCCAUUGGACAAAAGGCUCUUGAAGUCAUUAGCAACCUUCUGGAUGCUAAUUUAUCAGCUCUUUCUGGAUCCUCUAACAGGUUAAUUAGGAUGGUGGAGAGGCUCGGUGUUGUGCUGGAAGUCAGUGGAGACACAGAAACCCUCUCAACAUCGUCACUAGAGCUGACGGUCAGAACCGUGGAUGGGACAAACUUUGUGGAAACGUCUUUUCAGUUCACCCCCAGCAGCAUCCGGUCCAAGAGGGCCGCCUCCUUGCCGGGGUCGGUGUUUCUGCCCAGCUCCCUCACAUCUGGUCUCACUCCUAAAGAGCAGCUGAAUGCCAACAGGGUCCAGUUCAUGUUCUAUACCAAAAACUCCUUCUUUCAGGACAUUCUUUUGAAUAAUCAGACCACUGUCAGUCAAAUUCUGGGAACCAGUGUGGCCAACCUGUCAAUAAGCAACUUGAAAGACAAUAUUAGUUUUACCAUCAGUAACCCCAAAAACCAAAACUUCACCCCACAGAUAACCGACGUCACCUGUGUGUUCUGGGAUUAUACCCUGAAUGGUGAGAAAGGAGGCUGGAGAUCCGACGGCUGCUUUGUGGUCAACGUCACAGACUCCUACACAAUCUGUAGCUGCAACCACCUGACCUCAUUUGCAGUCCUGCUGGAUUUGUCCAGACAAGGCAUCAUGGACAAGCAGCAUGCAGAAAUUCUGACCUACAUCACUUACAUCGGCUGUGGAAUCUCUUCCAUCUUUCUGAGCAUCACCCUGCUGACGUAUCUGUUGUUCCCGAUCCUGCUCCGGGACAUUCCUGCUAAGAUCCUGGUCCAGCUCUCCUUGUCCCUCCUCUUGCUCAACCUGGUUUUUUUGCUGAACAGCUGGCUGUCGCUUUUCGAUGCAGUCGGGCUGUGCAUUAGCACUGCCUUCUUCCUGCAUUACUUCCUGCUCACAUCCUUCACGUGGGCGGGACUUGAGGCGCUGCACAUGUACCUGAGCAUCAUUCGAGUGUUCACACCGUACCUCAAUAAAUACAUGCUGAAGUUCUCACUGAUGGGAUGGGGCAUCCCUCUGAUUGUGGUGGUUGUUGUGAUAGCUGUUGACAAAGAUAACUAUGGCCCUGUGGGAUUUGACAAGUACACAAACGCAACCGGGAAUGACUUCUGUUGGCUGCGUAAUGAGACCGCCUUCUACGUGGGCGUGGUGGCCUACUUCCUGCUGGUCUUUGUUCUGUGCUUGCUGGUCUUCAUCGUGGUCAUGUACCAGCUGUCCCGCAUCAAGAAGCAGAACCCCCAAAAUCAGUCCCCCAACAGGAGCAUGAUGACGGACAUGCGCAGCAUCAUCGGCCUCGUCCUGCUGCUCGGCCUCACCUGGGGCUUCGCUCUGUUCGCCUGGGGGCCGCUCCGCUUACCGUUCUUCUACCUGUUCUCCAUCUUCAACUCCCUGCUGGGUUUCUUUCUUUUUGUUUUCCACUGUGCCGUGAAGGAGAAUGUCCGCAGGCAGUGGAGAAUAUACUUCUGCUGUGGAAAACUGCGGCUGCCGGAGAACCAAGAUUGGAGCCGCAAAGCCACCAACAACAAAAAGAACACAUCCGUGGCCACGGCAACCACCUCAAACCCCAUGUCCACCUCUCGCGGUUCUGUCAUCAGUGACGUCACCAACAGCAGCGGGUCUGCGCCCGCAGACAGCGGCAUCUCCGGCGGCUCCAACAACGACGUCCUCCUGAACGACAUUCACACGACAAACCCGAACCCGCAGAGCGAAGCCUGACGACUUUCUUUGCUGGUUGCCUGCAGAAUGAAAGGUCGACUUAGACUGAGCAAAGACACUCACAUGUCUGACAAGAUGAAGAUUGUAGGACCAUGAAGGACUGACAUGAGACUGAAGACCUCUAGAGAAGGUUGUUCUACACACGCUAAGGAAUAAGGAAGUAGGCGCCUUAGCAGACCUGCUUUCUGACUGAAGAAGCUAAAGAAGCUGAAACGUUUUGGUUUGUUACAAAGCAGUCAGUUGAUGUGAGAAGAUGAAAAAACAAACUAGAUGACGACAAGAAAGACUCAACAAGAAAGACUCAAUCAGUGUUGAAGAAGCUCUGCAGUAGCCCUGGAAGUCCAGAGAUGCCUCAGUGUGGAGGCAACAUGUGAGGGCAGAAGAGUACACGCCAAGAACACUGAUCACGUAUAGAUCAGAGCAUUCCAAUGUGAUCCCUGAGGGUAAACUUCUCUCUUUAAAUGGAUUUUUAGUUUUAGAGCAGGUGCAGUGCUGCUCAUGAGCACUCUGUCAGUAACCUGGACUCUGUGGAGCCGCAUGAUCAUCAUUUAACUCAAAAACAGCUGAAACGUGGAACGCAGAUGCUAAAUGGCGUAUACUUAUAUGGCGCUUUUCGACCGUCCUCGAAGGCCCAAAGCGCUUUAUAGUCACACACACAUUCACACACUGAUGGCUCCGCUGCCCAACACUGGCACCAAUCUUCCACCAGAGGCAAAGUGGGGUGCAGCGUCUUGCCCAAAGACACGUCGACAGGGGUGUGCAAGGCGGGAAUCACACCUGCAACUUACGAUCAUGGGUCGACCGCCCUACCGCUGCACCAUAGCCGCCCAGAUCAUGUCCGUUUGUGUGUCCUGAACGUGCAGGAGGACCGAGGACAGGAGAGACUCCUCCAGCACAACCGGACUCUGAGGCACACCCACCUGAGGUGGAGGCGGUACUCAGCGCCUUCAGCGUAGCAAAAGGGAGGAGCCACAGUCAGCCAAUCCUAUAGUUUCAGAUUUAUUAAAAAUGCAGAACGUCAGUAUUUCCAGUAAGAUUGAAACAUCUGGUGGAGUCUGGGGUACAUCGUGGGACAGUUUAGAGCCGUUUCUUUCAUGGACUGUUUUUCUGCAUCACUCUUAGACAGCAAACUCUUUACUCAUCCUAAAGGUCAUUGUUUUUACCCUCCAGCACGUAGCCAUCGUUUAUCCGGUGCAUAAAAACAUACAGUUUGUCUAAAAUACCCUAACAGCGUCCAUCAUGAGCAGGAAGACGCUUCCACUGCAGGAACACCAGCUUGGUGCCGUUUGAACCAAAAGUUCUCGUUGUUUACCCUCAUCUUGCUCCUUUGUAAUGAGGAAAUGUUCAGAGAUAAAAAAUUAAAAUAUAAUCUCCAAAC